AUGGCGGCCCUCCGGCUGCUCCUGCUGCCGGCCCUCGCGGCGGAGCUGGCCUGCGCCGCCCGCUCGGGCAGGGACGCGGCCGCCCAUCGCCGCGGUCGGUCGGGCCACGCUGCGGGCCGCCAGGGGGUGAACCCCCCCCUGGACCCGGAGUCGCACCGCCUGUUCUACAGGCACGACUACCCGCAUGACCAGAAGCCCCCAGUAGGCGAUGCCCACGACUUCCAGCAUCCGUACCCGCUGGUGCAGGACACGGACCAGUACGACAAGGACUACGUAAAGGACGAGAAUUCUGACGGCGGCGAGUGGAAGGUGCAGAUGGAGUACGACAUCCUCAGGAACAAGGUGUUCAAGGCCAAGGCCGACGCCGAGGCGGCUCGGAAGGCCGCCGAGAAGAAGGAGGAGGGCAUGGAAGCUUCGCGCAAGAAGCUGGCGGACGCCGAGAAGAAGGCACAGGAGGCCCAGGCGGCCGCCGAUGCCGCCCGCGACAGGGCGAAGAAGGCGCAGGAGCAGCUGGACAAGCUGGAAAAGGCAGCGCAGUCGGGCGGCGACAGCGAGGCGGUAGACGCCGGGGUCGCGGAGGCCCAGAAAGAUGUCGAGAAGGAGAUCUCUGACCUGGAGGAGUGCAAGAAGAAGUUGCAGGAGGCACAGGACCGACUCAAGGACCUGAUGGAGAAGAAACAGAAGGCCGAGGAGGAACACGCGAAGGAGCAACCGGCCAACGCAGAGAAAAACAAGCAGGCGAAGAACGACGCCGAGAGUACCGCCGCGAGCUCGAAGGAGCAGGCCGCGAAGGAGCUUCAGAAGGCUAAGAAGGACGCGGAGGAGGCGAAACAGUUGCGCGAGGAGGCGGAGAAUCAUAGGAAGGAGUACGAGGAAGCCCGCAAAAAGUACGAGGAGAACGUCGGGCAGGUCCAGAAGGACGAGGAGCAGAUUGAGGAGGCCAAGAAGAGGCUGCGGCAUUUCCGCGAUAAGCAGAUCUCAGAGCACUCGGGCAUCAGCAAGGCGACGGAGGAGAACGCCGCGGCAUGCCACUGCCCGUCCACGGGCUCCGAGAAGCCGGAGGAGAAGUCGGAGGAGAAGUCGGCGGAGAAGUCGGAGGAGAAGUCGAAGGAGAAGCCGAAGGCGGGGUCCUCGACGACGGCGGCCGCUUGCCCGCCGUGCGCUGUGCACCCGUCGCCCGACGCAGGGGGCGCUGGGCCUGGAGCGGGCACCCCGUGCCCGCCGGACAAGCAGGUCGCGGGCGGCGCGGCCGGCGAGGGCGAGAAGGGCGCCGGGCUUCACGCCGCCGCGCUGGCAGUGCCCGCGGCGCUGCUCGCGCUGCUCGCCACCGUGGCGGCAGUGCCCUCGAAGAUCAGGUCCUUGCCUAAACCUUUUUGGGGCCUCAAGGACGGGGAUGAGGUGCCUCUGUGCACAGAUUUGCUUCCAGACGCGCCGGCUGAGCCCAUCUUCGGCUCCGAGCUGGUCCCCCAGUCGGUCGGCGCGGCCUCGGCGUGUUCCCUGCUGAGCCAUGGAGGCCGGCCGCAGCGGCCCGGGGCCCAGGCCGACGCCCGCCGCGAGGCGGCGGCCGCCGCCCGCGAGGCAGGGGCGGCCGCGUCGGAGGCUGCCAGGGAGCCGGCGGAGCUGGCCCGCGCGACGCGCGAGUUCCUGGACCGCCUCGAAAGCGGGGCCGCGGCCAGGGCUUGGGGCGCAGAGCCGCCGGAGACGCUGCUGGCGUCGAUGGUUUCGGCGCACGCCGCCCUCGUGGCCGCCGCCCCCGGCCAAGACGCGGAGCAGGGCGACGCCCUGGAGCUGGACCUCGAGCUCAUGGACUGGGCGGUGCCGAAGCGGCUCACCUCCUGCAAGGCCUCCGCUCCGGCGCCACAGAGAGCAUGCUCGGCCACCUUCCCCAUGGCGUUGCCCUCGCCCGUGAGGUGCGCCUGGGACGCAGAUGGCUGCUUCGAGGGCAAGUGCUGCAAGAGCGGGGGCAUGUCGUGCUACCUGAAGGACGACUUCUGGGGCAUGUGCCGGCCCACGGGCACGUGCACGCCGGGCGCCGCCCUCGCCCCCGGGCGACUGGAAGUGCACCGACGUCGGGGGCAAGCCGGACUUGGAGCCUCUGCCCCCGGCUCCCGAAGAAGAAAGGGCGGGGAACUCUCUGUUCUGCUUCGUGGUGUCCACCCCGCUAACGUACGAGGAUGA